UUCACAACCCGUCUUUCCCAAAGCCCUUCGUCAUUAGAUGUGUUAGUUGUACAUCGCCAGUCUGCAAGGUUAGCCUCUUUUAGGGACUUUCAAGUCUGUUGUGAAAAGGUUACUUGUGCAUUGAUGUGGUUAAAAGAAAACAACCACUAUUAUGCUGAAAUUACUAUUGAUGAAGAAGUUCUUCAGUCCUUACCUACAAAUGGUUAUGUAGAUGAUCAGCUCACAAACAAUGAAAUAGCUGCUGAAGAAUCAGAUAAUGAAGUUGAAGAUGAUAUAAUUAUGCGCACCUUUGUUCCAUCCCUUUCACCAGUCCAUAGAGAAGAUAUCACCAUUAACGAAACUCUUAACCAUAUGCAAAGCACAAAGCGUGAACAGUUUUCAGAAACUACUUAUAUUCUACCAAAAUGGUCUGAUGUGGAUGUUGUAAAUAUAGACAAACUCCGAGCUUUAAAUGUUCCAGUUGCAAAAAUUAUUGCUACACACACCGGCGAUAAUGAUGCUAAAAGAGCUGACUCAGAUACUGCACAUGGUCUUGAAUCAAAGCUGUUGUUGGCAAGAGGAGCACGCGUCAUGCCUACGGCAAAUAUUUGGACAGAAUCUGGACUUGUUAAUGGCUCAUUAGGAACUGUCCAAGAUAUUUUGUUUGAAGAUCAUGGACCUCCUUGUUUACCUGUAGCAGUUUUUGUAACCUUCGAUCGUUACAAAAGACCUACAAUUACCAAUGUAGAAGGUACAAAAGUUGUUCCAAUUACGCUGAUUAAACGUACCUGGGAGGGUAAAACAGGUAAUGCAUGUUCACAUACACAGAUUCCACUUCGUCUUGCAUGGUCCAUUACGGUUCACAAAAGCCAGGGGCUCACUUUACCUAAGGCCUAUAUAUCUCUUGGAGAAAGAGAAUUUAGUGCAGGCCUUUCUUUGGUGGUUAAAA